AUGACUCGGGCAAACAACAAUCACUUUGACUUCAUUCUCUCACCAAAUCGCGAAGAUUCACUGAUCGCUCAAAUGAUAAAGUUGAACAGUAUUCUGAUGAGGGUCAAUGAUGCCAUCAAGAGUCUCACAUCUGAUGUUGACGUGACCAACAUCGACGAGACCGUGUCUCAACUGUCACAAGAGCUCGAAGCUUGGGAAGUGGCUCUACCCCACAACCUUCGCGAUACCCCGAGCAAUCUCCAUGCCUUCGCCUCUCAAGGCCUUGGGCGGAUCUUCAUUGCCGUGCACACUGGCCACUAUCACUACAGUCAGCUACUGUACUACCAGUACCUAGACGAAGUUCAGCGCUUCCCUACUUCACCAACAGCACAGAUGUUCGCGCGCAAAUGCAAGGAGAACGCUAUAUCCAUGUCACGUAUCAUCGACCUCGCAAACACAACACCUGGCUGUGACGCCAAAUUCAACAUGCUCGGACACAUCAUUGUCAUUACAUCUUCAAUCUUUAUCCACACUUUGCUGUUCGAAACGGACGAAGCCGAGAUUGCAAAUGCCCGUGCCACACUAGAGCGUCAUUUCAAUACCCUCGUCGCUCUGCGGGCGUACUGGCCAGCACUGGAGGUUUGCUUCGCACGGCUAAAGACGUUCCAUGAGCUAUGUCGCAAGAGUAUGAACACCAGCUACCGCAUGGAUCGGUGGAUGUUACGGUUCUUAACUGAAUUUGCGCGACCAAUCGACGAGAAGGAGCGUGAUGAGGAUGGCCAUAUGGACUUAGAUCGCUGGAGUGUGGGUAACAUCGGAAUCAGUCCCGAGAACUGGGCAUAG